AUGCUCUGCAGAACUCUCUUCAACGCCCUUGCAUGGGUGCUUCUAGUCUCAAGCCUCUUCUCAUAUGCCGUCCUCGGAGCUACAUCGUCCCAGGUUGAAAUAGCCUCUCUUGGGCCUUUGGACACCCGCCCCCAGGAUGAUCUGAGCUCCAUGCUCCGCCGUGCUCCGUUUCACGACGCUCACGUCUUCGAGAUUGCUUGGAAGCAGAUUCGGGACAUUGAAUCGUCGCCAGCUUGCCAUCAACUCGCCACCUCUUCUCUAAUCGACUCAUGUCAAUCGUUUAGCUCCUUGCCAGAUCAGGACACUACCCGGCCAGCAGAAAAUCCCCUCGACCAGGUGAGGCAGGAAUAUGCUGCCAAAUUGGCUGUCUGUGAGCUCCAGGGUAUCAAGUCUGGCAUUCCAAGAGAAUGCACGCCAUUUGCUCCAUCCCGCCAGGCCUGUCCCAGGAUCAACCGCAAAGGUUUCUUCCGGAAGAAGAACAUUCCCAGUCAGGACGAACCCAAACGCGCCUGUUAUCCGGAAUUCACGCCCCACGAACUGAGACAAUGUGUUGAUACACUCUUUGUCCAAGCACAACGUUGGACGAGCUUCAGCAAUGCUCAAACUAAUGCCAUUGUCAUCUGCCAAGCAAGCCGCGGCGCUGUGGAGAACGAGGAGCACCUCCAGAAACUUCAGGAAGCUUUCCAAUCCCAGGCCAAGGUAUCCGAAGUGCUCUCGCGCGCUGUACAAGAGACGGAGGAUCGCCUCGCACAACAUCACAAAUUCACCGAAACAGUUCGGCAAUUCCAACAUGACAUAGCUGCACGCAACGAGGCCGCGUUGGUUCAAACAGACAGUAUCAUUACCAAAUUGGUGGACAAGUUUGACUACGCUACCGGGGCACUCCUUGAUGUGUUCGGUCGUUCACUCAAGACUGCGACUGCGGAAACCCAAAACUUGAGUGGCAACAUCAAAGCCGCCAAUGAGGAGCUCGAACAGGCUCGGACUACACUUCAAGAACUUCACAAGGAAGCUGUUCUUCACGACAAGGAACGCAGCGCCGCGCAAGACCUUGCAGUGAAGGGCAACCAGGCCCUUGCCUCAGACGUCCAGGCCUCGCUUGAGAACGUCAGAGAUGUCACAGUACAUGCGCUUGCGGAGCGUCUCCGAAGUAUUGAGGCAGCAGUGAUCCAUUAUUUGAACACACAACAGCAGGCCUUGGAGGACCAGCAGACCUUUCAAGAGGCCCAAAGCCGUAUUAUGCAGAACCAGCUGAACAUUGAGACAAGCCUUGCAAGUCACCAUGAUAUUAUCGAGGAGCAAUCCCACAAGCUCGCCGAAAUGACGUUCGGCGGCCUCGGAAAUACAGUUGCAACCUACGUCGGUCUUUCAUUCUUCAUUAUACUACUCAGUCGCGCCAGUUUAAUCCUCGCGGCGGCCGCAGCAUCAGGAAUUGGGGCUGUUGGCAUGCUUGGCUCUGCGCCCAGCACCAACCUCUUCAGCAUUAUCAGUUCAACGCAUUUGGUCAUCACACCGUGGACCCUCCGCCUUGCAAGUUAUGCAACAGUUAUCGCUAUUCCCGCUGCUCUUAUCUACAUCACCAUCAUCAUCGGCAGUUCUUUUGUCCGCAAUUUCAUGAUCUCCCGUAUCGACUCCAAUACCAUGCUUGAGGUCGAGGUAAAGAGUGAUGGAGUUCUUUACAACGUAUGA